AUGGCUUUGAUCACUUUGGCCAUCGCCUCCAUUGCAAUCUCUCACCUACUGAUGUGGAUUCCGUCUCUGAUCCGAUGGCUCAGACAUAGAAUGCGGGUGAUCCAUGCGGUCGACAGCUUACCUGGUCCUCCCGCUCUGCCACUGAUCGGAUGCGCUCACAACUUCAGCUUUGAUAGUUACAGUCCGGUUCCAGUCGUUUGCAUUUGCAGAGCCGAUGCAGCUAAGGUAAUACUCGAAAGUAAUAAAGAAAUCUCGAAACCGCAAGAAGGUUAUACAAGACUGCAGGAGUGGCUUGGCAAGGGACUUCUCACGAGCAAUGGUGAACGCUGGCGAGCGAAAAGGAAGAUGUUAACGCCCGCCUUCCAUUUUUCAAUACUCAAGGAUUUCGUGCCCAUUUUCAACAAGGUAUGUGACUAUCUCCUCGAGCAAUCUGUGAAAAUCGAGGCGACGAUUCUUCUAGAGCAAUUCCGUCAUUUGUCGGACACGGGCAGCACGGCAGAUGUGUUCCCUCUUAUAAAACUGUGCACUUUGGAUGUGAUCUGUGAAUCGGCGAUGGGUGUGAAUAUUCGUGCCCAAUCUGGUCAGAAUAAAAAUUAUGUGCGUUCGGUGAAGGAGGUUUGCGAGCUCUUAUGGGAUCGUGAGCGGCUUCCAUGGUUGUGGCCGACGCCGUUGUGGAUUGUUUCCGGAAAGGCAAAACGGCUCCAAAAAGCUCUCGACACGGUGCAAAGCUUCACUCGUGAGGUGAUUGCAAAGAGAAAGAAGGUGUUCGAGUUGGAAGAAAGAGAUACCCAGAAGAAGCCGGCUUUUCUCGACCUACUCCUUGAAAUGCAGCAGGCAAACCGUCUGACCGAUGACGACAUCCGAGAAGAAGUCGACACAUUUAUGUUUGAAGGCCACGACACUGUUGCAAGUGCUCUCGGGUAUGCGUUGUUUUGUCUAGGCAACUAUCCUGAAGAACAAGAAAAGCUCUUCCAAGAGGUCAAGGAGGUGAUAGGACCAGUAGAUCGCGAGCUGACUCAAGACGAUCUCCUGCAACUGAAGCAUACCGAGAAGGUACUUAAGGAAGCUCUCCGAGUGUUUCCAUCGGUGCCGAUGAUUGCCCGACAACUUCAUGACGAUGUUGAAAUCGGAGGCGUGACGAUUCCGGCUGGAGUUACAACGUUGGUCGUACCAUUCGGCACUCAUAGAGAUCCUAAGGUAAUCUUUCGAAUAUUUUUCGAUAGUAUGGAGCAUUGUCUAACCUCUGUUCCAGGUCAGAGAUUUGCUGUGAUGGAAGAAAAGGUGCUUCUGGCGCGUCUCGUACGACAGUUCCGUUUCCGUGCCACGAUGACUUUCAAGGAGAAUCGCGGAUUGCCGGAAAUGAUCCUUAGGCCUAGCAACGGCAUCCCUCUUAUCAUUGAAAAACGGACCGAGUAA